AAAACCAUACUCACUUACCCUGACCAUACCGGUAUAUGCGACCAGUGAACUAACGCAGUAAGGACAGCCACACGCUUGACAUUGUGCACCUGGCAACUGGCUCAAUUUACCGAGUCAUUCAUAUGCCUCCGCACCUGCACCGCUUCAGUGAGCACAAGUGUGGUUCACAACAUGCAAUAGUGUUUCGUUACCUGGGACAUGCUGUUACUCUUUACUGGACAUUUGACAUGGAAACAGCUACAAGCGUGUUCAAAAUGUCCAAACGGCGACCACAACAGCUGGCUAUUUUGAUAACAGUAACGUCGUUGUGGACGCGGAUACUAGGUCAACCUUGGGCAGAUGAUGAAUGCAACAACGUCAUCGUGCCAGACCUAUCGAGACAAGAAGUGAGGUCAGAAGGCUACCCGUCCGGAUAUGAACUGAAUCAAGAGUGCAGAUGGGAGUUUGAUGCAACGAAGUGGUUUAACCAGAACAAAACACUUAGUGUGCAAUUUGUCGUGGACAUUGAAAAGACUACAGAUUGUUCAAGAGAAUCUGUUUCAGUGUAUGCUUUCACAUCGUCCAGCAAUACACAGCUAGCGGUUAUGUGUGGUCAGACUGUAAGACAGUAUACGUUCUUCAUCAAGUCCCUCCUGGUUGUACUGAAGACUGGAUCUAGUCCUACACAGGGCCGGCGUGGUCUUAAGAUGACACACCAGAUGAUUGAUGACGAAUCCUGCCGUGAGUGGUUGUAUUCAGAUACACACAAGACAGGUGCCAUUCAUUCACCCAGAUAUCCUGAUCCGUAUCCGAGCUUUCAGAGAUGCACGUACCACAUACGGAGUCGGACUCCCAACCGUAACGCCGAACUUAAAGUCAUCCUUUCCGAGCUGAGCAGUGACUGUCACAAGGAAUAUGUCCUGGUCUAUGACGGGAAUUCAGAAAAAGGGUCCUUACUUGGAAAAUGGUGCGGUUCAGAACGACCGACGUUCAACAGCCUGAGACAACAACUCUAUGUAGUGUUUGUGAGCCAUGACAACAUCAGCGGACGAAGGGGGUUCAGGGCAGAUUUCAAAGACGUCAUAUGUGGAGGCGCGGCAUCAGCUGGACAGUACUAUGGAAACGACAUCGUAUUUCCUGGGCAAGAGAGAGCAUUUCACCAUUACAUCACGUGUCGCUGGUACAUCAGACCUUCCCGCGGAUUUACAGGCUUGAUGGUGGAGUUCAGAAACCUUCAGGUCGACUGUGACAAAAGCAGGAUUUCAGUGUAUGACGGGCCAAGCGCUACAGACUACACAAGGACCUGGAAGAUCUGCGGUAAAAUGGAUUAUUCCUACCUGAUUUCCGGGGCGGGCGUGUUCAUCGAGUUCAGUAGCCAAGGCAACACAGCAGAGCCGGUCUCCUUCAAAAUCAAAUACAGGGGGAGCCGCGUUACAGGUUGCAGACUGAAAGGAAAGGAGGGCGACAAGGCUUACCUUGUGGCUUACUCUUACGAACAGAUACUCCUGUCCCCGGGAUAUCCCGAUCUAUAUCCAGAUCGGAUACAGUGUAUGUGGCAAGUGAAGACUGGCCUUCUCGUGGACAUUGUCAUGAUUGAUGUUGUACGGCUGAAUCUCCACUCACAGCCUGCAUGUGACGACAGCAUCAGUUUAUAUCAUGGUCCAAUAUCUGAUAUCAGCAAGACACCGGCCAUGGUGUUGUGUGGCACCACGACCGAUGUUUUCUACAGCACUGGUCGGUACGCUACCAUUGUGUUUUCAACCAAUGACGUUGGAGUAGGAAGCGGCUUCACCAUCAGUUACAAGUCUGUACCAAAGAAGAGCGCCGAUACUGGAACCGCAGCUUCAGUUUCAUCCAGUGCGUCAACGAUAGUGAUUGUUUGUUGUGUAAUCUUCAUCAUCAUCACCAUAGUGGUUAUCGUAACUUGUUUCGUUUGGAGAAAAAGACGCAGUGAUCGCAAUCGACAGCCACCGAUUGUCCAAACAUCUCCGGAUCCAAACCCCCAGACUAGCGGCCAGGCAACCCCAUUUUUGCCGCCCAAUACCACCGGUACCACCAAUCCUACCAAUACCCCCGCUACCACCAACACCAGUGCGUCGCCCCCUGAAUACCAGGAUGUAAACUUCCUGCCCGUCACAGAACCAUCAGCGCCAGAGAUGCCGCCUCCCAGUUAUGAAGAUGCUGUGUCGAAGGGAAUGAUAGACACGGAAACUAGGUUUUGAGGCGUUUUGACAAGGUGUCUUCAAAUUAUAAACAGACGCUUUGACAUGCAUCACAAGGCAGUGGUCAGAAUGUGAGUGAGUGAGUUGUUUUUAAGCCGCUUUGAACAGUACUCGAUCGUAGAGUGUCUGCAUAGCGUGGACGUAAGGUCAUCAGAAAGUAGUUUCCUGAUAUCUAGUGUAGCUGUCUCAUUGUCAGAAAUAUUAUCCACGCAUUUAGUACAUGGUAUUUGUCAGGAAGAUACUCUAGGACAUGGUAUUGGUCAGAAAGAGACACUGGAACAUGGUAUUGAUCAGGAAGAUACUCUAGGACAAGGUAUUGGUCAGAAAGAGACACUGAAACAUGGUAUUGAUCAGGAAGAGACACUAGGACAUGGUAUUGGUCAGAACGAGACCAGUGGUGAUUCCAGGUUAGAUGAAGUCACAAGCAGCCUUUGCUGGUCGUAAGGGGUGACUAAAUGAAUCAGAUGGUCAGACUUGGAUGACGUCACGUAAACGUCGCUCAUAAUGUCAAUCACUGAAAUGUCUGGCGCAGUUAUUUGAAGACCCCGUUACAGAGCUAGAAAGUCGCUACGUUAUAACAAACAACAAAGACGCCCAUCUACAAAAAGUUGAUUCCGAAAAGACAAAUCUGCAGAAGCCUACGAUGACUUGUGGAGUAUUUGUGUGGAGUAAUGAUGCUCAGUUUAAAAAACCUCUCAGUGGUAUUUCCCAAAAGGAAUCUGUUAACACCCAGGACUAUCUCAGACACAAGUGGAGGCGUUGCACUCAUAUAUUGUAGGAGUGGGUUCUUUCUCAUCUGAUUGGAUGAAUGGGUAGGGCAGAUGGCCGAAUCGUUUUAACGGGUGCGGCCAGGUUUCCCCGCUCAUAAAACUGCUCCCCGGAAGACAAUUCCCCACUGGUUGCAGAAAUGUCAAGAACGUCUGGGGGUGGGGCGGAGAACAUGACCUGGGGAGAAUUUUCUUAGUAGGGGCAGUUGAUCUGACGCCAUAUUAACACAUCUUAGGUGUGGCGUGCAAAAGCUUUAGAAACUAAGCGGCCGGAGUGAGGGUUCAGAUGCUACGAGCUUGGUGAAGCAUCUCAGCAUCUUUGAUUAUAGGUUCUUGAAUAUGUAACAAUAUGUGAGCCUGCUUUUAGCAUUACCAGCAUCUCCACCGAAACAUCCCACUGAAGGUGAAAUUGAACAGAAGUUGAACUUUAUACUUGUAUUCCGACUCUGUGUUCUGUUAUGAAUUCCUUUAAAAGAACAUUCCAGUUUUAAUGACAUCAUAUAUUGACGGGUUUCAGAGGGCAAAGGAAACGAUUUCUGCUCAGGAACACUCAGCCCUGAAAAUACCUUUGUAUUUUGAAUACAACAGAAAUAGGGGGUCAACCGACAGUGUUGGAUCCAAGUGGAUUAAAUAUGUAUUUGAAUAUAUGCAAGUGCAUUAUUGUUUAUAUUAUAUAUGUUUUAUAUAACAUUUUGUAUGAUUUUAUUGCGAGAUACACGAGUCAUAACACCAUCGUGAGCGUGUUUGUUUUAUUUGUUUAUACACGUUUUAUACAUGAUGACAGAACAUUACACAGUAACAUCUCACUUGUAGGACAUGUUACUGAAGUAC